UAUAAUAAUUAUCUCAGCGGCUGCAAUCUGCAUGAUUCAUUUCGAUAAAACGCACUCGCCUGUCGCAACGUUUCAGAAUAUAUGUUUUUUUUUCAUUUCUAUCUGUUUUUAACCUACAGUCAAAAUUUCGCCAAUUAACAAAAUUCAGUUAGGGUGGUGUUCCACUUCUAAGGGACAGUGUCAGCUGGUAAAUUGCCUUGCCAUAGGAAACGCUUGGCAGUCAGCAUUAAACGUAGAUCCUCCGUGGUUUUGCUGACAUUAUUUACGUAAUCGACUGCUAAGCUGUUGCCUAAAAUAACACUACUAAGCUGCCUCUUUACCUCUUUGAUUUGCUGACUAACAAUAUUGUAAUAUAUCAAGCAUAAGUUGCAUUGCGCUAGCAAAAUAAGCAUGAGAAUUUGUGGACUUGAAGAACAAAUCCAUGUUGUUGAUAACAAUAUUACUGUUGAAGAAAUCAUUAAAGAUAUAGUUAGAACAAAGGAAAUAGCUGAUGCGUUUUUUAUAUUUGAUAUUGGUGAUCUUGUAAACAAAGUUAAAAUAUGGAAGAAAAAAAUGCCUCGUGUGAAACCUUUUUAUGCUGUAAAAUGCAACGACAACUCACUUUUAUUGGAAACUCUAGCAGCGUUUGGUCUCGGUUUCGACUGUGCUUCAAAAGUCGAAAUAAAGAAAGUAAUGGAUUUGGGAGUUAAUCCAUCUAGAAUCAUAUUUGCUAAUCCGGCCAAAAUGACUUCACAUAUUAAAUACGCUAUGAGUCAGUGUGUCAACUUAACAACAUUUGACAAUGAACUAGAACUCUACAAGAUCAAGUCCAUUCAUCCAUCUUGCAAAUUAGUCAUCCGAAUUUGUUGCGAUGUGUCUUCAUCGCUAUAUCCACUUGGUGUGAAGUAUGGUUGCGAUCCUCAUACAGAAGCACCAGCACUGUUAUCAUUGGCUCGAGAUUUAGGUUUGUCCGUCGUGGGCGUUAGUUUUCACGUGGGAUCUGGCUGCAACGAACCUAUUACUUUCCGACGGGCUAUUUCCACUUCGGCGUCCAUUUUCCGUCUUGCUGAACAACUAGGGUUUUCAAAUAUGUACAUGCUGAAUAUCGGCGGCGGAUUUCCAGGAAACAAGAAUACUUCAUUAGAAAAAUUUGCCGAUAUAGUGAAUGACGCUCUGAACGAAUGGUUUCCGCCUUCAAGUGGUGUGAUUAUUAUCGCAGAACCUGGUAGAUAUUUUGCGGCAUCGGCUUUUACUCUAGCUACCAAAAUCCAUUCGAUCAAGAACCGUCCAAACGAAGAACACAUAAUGUAUUUUAUUAACGAAGGGGUUUACGGGUCAUUUAACUGUGUUCUUCUCGAGCAGUUAACUUUGGUGCCCAAGCCACUGUUUGAAAAUUCAGCGAGUCCAGUAAUCAAGAGUUCUAUAUGGGGACCAACUUGCGAUGCUUUGGAUAAAAUAGUCGAUUCCGUUAAUUUGCCACAGAUGCGUAUGGGCGAUUGGAUUACAUUUGAGGAUAUGGGAGCAUACACCAUAUCGCUCGCCUGUACAUUUAAUGGUUUCCCCAUAUCCAAAACCUUUGCCGUUGUCAACCGACGAAUUUGGCAUAAAUUAAAAAACCUGAUGCCGAUAUCUGAAGAUCACUUCACAACUGUGCCUAUCGUUGCUACGAUAAAAAUGAUACAAGCGGAAUCAAGCGAUGAUGAUUUAUGGGACGACACUGAUAUCGAACAUACCAGACAAUAUCCUUGUCUUCAUUUGAAAAACGUGUUUACCUCUCCAGAAAUAUAAUAAUAAUUUUGUAGGUUUUUAUAAGAAAAUUUUGUUAGUUCACUUUUAUUGUUGUUUAAAAUUAGACUUACAUUUUGUUAGCAUUAACUAAAUUGAGUAAAGAGGCAGCUCCUGGAAAUUUUACAUUAUUAUUUUUAAUCAUUAUAUUUAUGUAUUCUCAAUUUACUUAUAGUAUAUACGUUUUGUUAUUUUCUAAAUAUAACAAUAUUUAUUGGA